AUGCGGCACCUGACCGCGACAAGCCGGCGUCGUCGCCUCGGCGCGACCAGGACGUGCGCCUCCUGGGCGGGCUGCUCUCCCCGGCCUUCGACGACCAGUCGUGCCGUUCGCGGUACGCGUCGCCGUCCCUCUACCGCCGUCCGUCGCCGUUCCGCCCCGUCGUCCCACCUCGUGGCGCUCCUCCGGCGGUACGAGGCCUGGCACAGGCGGUGUGGCCCCGGAUCGCCGCUCUUCGGGGAAGCCGUCGAGCACCUGCGCUCCGGCCGCAACGCCGCGCGCUCCGAGUGCCAGUACGCGGUGUGGACGCCCUUCAACGGCCUCGGCAACCGCAUGCUCGCGCUCGCCUCCACGUUCCUGUACGCGCUGCUCACCGACCGUGUCCUGCUGGUGCACGCGCCGCAGGAGUUCGACGGCCUCUUCUGCGAGCCCUUCCCCGGCAGCUCCUGGACGCUGCCCGCCGGCUUUCCGAUCGCCGACUUCGACGCCACCUUCACCAUGUUGUCGCCCACGAGCUACAAGAACAUGAAGAAGGCCGGCACGAUAAACGGCGGUGACCGUGUCAACGUUACCGCCGAGGGGCUCCCCGCGUACGUGUUCCUCGACCUCAUCCAGUCCUACACCGACGCCGCCUUCUGCGAAGCCGACCAGCGCGUGCUCGCCAAGUUCAACUGGAUGGUGGUCAAGUCCGACGUCUACUUCGCCACCGCGCUCUUCCUCAUGCCGGCGUACCGGCGCGAGCUCGCACGGCUAUUCCCGGAGAAGGAGGCCGCGUUCCACCACCUCGCGCGGUACCUCUUCCACCCGUCCAACGACGUGUGGGGCAUCGUCCGUCAAUUCUACGAGGCCUACCUCGCCGGGGCAGACGAGCGCGUCGGCCUGCAGGUGCGCGUGUUCCAGGAGGUGCCGGUGCCGUUCGAGACCAUGUACGGCCAGAUCAUGCGCUGCUUGGAGCAGGAGGGUUUGCUACCCAAGGUCGCACUCGCACAGCAGAAUGCCGCCGCGGCGAGAAACACCUCUGCCGUGCCGCCGCCGGACGGCAGGAAGACGAAGGUGACAUCGAUACUGGUGACGUCGCUGUCCCCGGAGUACUACGAGCGCAUCCGCGGCGUGUACCACGCCAACUGGACGGAGACCGGGGAUUACGUGGUGGUGCACCAGCCGAGCCACGACGGCGUGCAGCACACGGAGGCGCGCGGCCACAACCAGAGGGCGCUGGCGGAGAUAUACCUGCUGAGCUUCUGCGACCGCAUCGUGACGACGGCCGUGUCGACGUUCGGGUACGUGGCGCACGGGCUGGCCGGGGUGAGGUCGUGGGUGCUGCUGCGGUCGCCGUCGCCAGAGACGCCGGCCGAGCCCGCGUGCGUCCGGUCGUCGACCGUGGAGCCCUGCAUGCAGGCCGCGCCGAGACAGAUGUGCGGUGCGGCGAAAGGGAGCGACAUUGGGGGUCUCGCGCCGUAUGUCCGGCACUGCGAGGAUGUGCAUGGAGGCGUCAAGCUAUUUAGCUAG